AUGUCAAAUUCUAUUAUUCAACAAACUUCUUGUGAAGCUGAUGAUUUUGUUCCUUCUGAACUUGGGACAAAGGAAUAUUGGGAAUCACGUUAUGACCUAGAAAAUAAAAAUUUUAAAGAUAUUGGCGAUAUUGCAAUCCUUGAUGUUGGCUGUGGAAAUGGAUACCUUCUUAUAAAGCUAGCAAGCCAUAAUUUUACAAAUUUAUUCGGAAUAGAUUAUUCUUCAAAUGCAAUAAAAUUAGCUAAUGAGAUUGCAAGAAGCCGUAGAUUUGAUAACGUGAUUUCGUAUCGUGUCGCUGAUUUACUUCAUGAGGACGUAUUACAUAUUAUCAAUGGCUCAGAUAACGUACAAAAGUUUGAUUUUAUAUUAGACAAAGGCACUUUUGAUGCCAUAAGUCUCUCUUUACAACGAACUUCUUCAAAUCAACUUUUGCGUGACACUUAUCCUACAAAAAUCCUUUCUCUGCUUAAUCCAAAUGGUUAUUUUUUGAUUACAAGUUGUAAUUUUACUAAAGACGAACUGAUAGAAAACUUUAAUGGCGGUAUGUGA